AUGGCGGACGGACGACGGCGGACCGAUCCCGCGAUCGCGGGGGCGCGGUGCUGGCAGGGGGCGGAGCGGUGCUCGGGGGAGCUGUUCGCGCUGACGUACGGGGCGCUCGUGCGACAAAUUUUACGCGAUCGCGAGGACGACGUGGACGCGACGAACGCGGCGCUGGAGCGCGUCGGACGGUCGAUGGGGACGCGCAUCGUGGAGGAGUAUUUGUCGAGGACGGGCGCGGGCGCGCGGGCGUGUCGGUCGUUCGAAGACGCGUGCGAGGCGGUGGCGAAGACGGCGCUGAAGAUGUUCCUGGGCGUCGACGCGAGGACGAGGGAUUGGAGCGAGGAUGUAGACGAGUGCGUGAUAGAGAUGGAUACGAAUCCGUUGGCGGAGUUCGUGGAGUUGCCGAAGCGGUACGAGGGGUUGUGUUACUGUAACGCGUUGUGCGGAGCGAUUCGAGGCGCGCUCGAGGCGGUGCGGGUGCGGACGACGUGCGCGUUCGAGAGCGAUCCUCUGGCCGGGAACGGGGAUAAGUUUGCGAUUCGGAUCAAGUUGGUGGAGAUUGUGCCGGAGGAGUAUCCGUUCGACGAUUGA